GUCAGAGUGCUAAGUGAAACCGGAAGUGUAGUUAUUUGGUUUGUCAGUCUCAGGUAGACAUGGCGGCGUCUACAGCAACAGCGGUCCCGGAGAAAUCACCUAAAUCAUCUCCGCCUGAGUUUGUGCCCUUUGACUUUUCUAAGCCCCCGCUUAUCGAUGGCUUCAACCCUUUAGCCAAACUCAAAGAUGAGACGUUAAAAGAAAAGUUACUGAGAAAGACAAAGGAGAACCCCUUCGUCCCGAUAGGUUGUUUGUUCACAGCCGGAGCUCUGAUUUAUGGCCUCCGUGCCUUCAAUCUUGGGAAAACCAAACAGUCCCAGCUGUCGAUGAGAGGGCGAAUCUUCGCCCAAGGCUUCACUGUAGUGGCCCUUGUUUUUGGUAUCUUUACCACCACUAUGAAACCCAAGGAAUGAAGACGGACCAAUCCCACACCUCUGCCUAUUCAUUCAACCCGGAAUCAGAUCCAACGGGGAAAUUGGACUGAUUUGAAGUAUCUGAAUAAUGUAUUAUGUUGUCUGCAUUGUUCGGAUAUACCCAUGCUAAUGCCAACACUAUUUAUUGUCAUUUGAAAACUGUGAAUUGCUCAUGGGGACAACAUAUUUGACUUUGGGCUUGCACUAUGUAACAACAAAGUAUAAUCGUCUCCUUACCAGCAAGCUGGAUUUUACUUUUGUUCUACUCUAAAAGCAUUUAAGCAAGAUGUCGAUAAAUAUAAAUGACAUUCUUAGACAGACCCAUUCUCAAUGUCAGCCUUUUACACUUGGCAGACUUUCCAUUUCACUUAAAUCUUUCAGUAGGAGGGCUCUAAAUGUUGUAUUAGAAAAUGUUUCCCAUGCUAAAAUGUGUGGCCUUGCACCAGUAAACGUGCUUCUCAGUUUC